UAACUCAUGAGAUUUUUAGUUCGGGUGCGCAGUGUACGAUCAGCGUUUCACGCUGCUUUCACUUUGAUCAUUUCUCUACUGAAAGGAUGAACAGUUUAAGAAUAUCCUUGAUUAACCUGCUUGGGUUGUAUCUAAUAUUUUCUGAGGAGCACAGUGGAUGCUGCUCGGACACUGUUUGGCAGCCACCAAGACCGAGCAUCAGUCAUCUGCGGGCAUUCAGUGACAAUCAAAGCCUCGUGGUGAGCUGGCUGGUAAACCACAGUGCCUUAGUGGGCAACAUUAAUGAGCUCCAGAUCAGCCGCACUGAGGACCACACUGUUAUUUACAGUAAAAAUGUAAGUGCACCCUCUCCAGAUUCACAUGAAUAUGCAUGGACAUGGACCUCUGAUCUACCUCUGGAGUGUGUGCAUCAUUCAGUCAGGAUACGGUAUUUCUACAAUCAGUCUGUCCCGAGUCCCUGGAGCAAAUGGGUAACUAACUAUGGAGUUGAGGCAACGGAUAAGACCAAGAUUUUCCCCGUGGAUCGGGUGCUGAGAGAGGGCACCAGUGCCAUGUUCUGCUGCGUUCCCGCAGUUGGAUUGAAAAUCUCCAGUAUAACCUUCUAUGACAGCAAAUACCCUCUCAUCAGCAUUGGAGCCAGAGUCAAGGCUAUCGUUGUCGACAACCUGACCAUCCGAAAAGAUUGCAUUAAUGCUGUCUCACUCAGUUGCAGUGAUACAUCUGGCAAUAUCUGUCACACGUGGAACUUUGUCAGCUCUCCCCCCCAGAAGCCAAGAAACCUCAGCUGCACGACCUCACAAAUGACAACUGUCACCUGCACCUGGGACCCAGACAAAAAUCGAUACCAAUAUGAUCGCAACAAGCAAACACACACUCUUCACUUACAGAAAUCAGACCAGGCUCCCAUCAACUGCGAGCCAUCCUCCUGUACUUUCCCGGCCAUCCCACAGCUGGAAGAAUACAACAUCAGUGUGGUGGUGAAGGACCAGCUGGGAGAGGAGACAGAGAGCUACAGCUUCAAUAUCUCUGAAAGAGUGCUUCCUUUUGUGGAAAUAAACAGAGUGAGCCCUGGGGUGACAGACACCGCCGUGUCGUGGACCGUACGGGGGAACUUGACUCAACUGAACCUCCUCUGUCAGGUCAACGUAGACCCAGGCAGCACCACCAAGCUUAACUGCAAUAGUGUGAAUGAUCCGUGCAAAGUCAAACUGGAGCAACUGCUUCCCGACAGCCGCUACUCUACCAGGGUGCGCUGCUCUGUCAAUGGCAGGCUCUGGGGAAAAUGGACAAAGCCCAUAUCUUUCAAAACCUAUCGAUUAGUGACCUUAAACUUAUGGAGGAAAAUAAAGCAGAUGUCCGACCCCCGCAGUCGUCAAGUUACUCUAUUGUGGACGACGCAUGUUCAUGGCUCAGCAACCACUGUAACCAUCCAAGGUUACACAGUUCAGUGGUCGCAGGAAGGCCUAAACAGGACUGAGUGGAAGGACGGGGGACAGACCCGUGCAGAGGUCUCCAUCGGUCCAGGACAGUGUAACUUCACUGUCCAGGCUGUCCCUGACACCGGUCCCUCCAUCUCUGCUCAUAUCACCAUCCCAAAGUUGGAUGAUAGUGAGAACCUCCCUGUAGGGAAGCGGUUAAAAAGCAGCACAGCUGGUGGUUUCACUCUGUCCUGGGCUGAGCAGGACACUGCCACUUGUGGCAAUACAGUGGAGUGGUGCAAUCUGGGAAGCGCAGUGCCUUGUACUCUGGAAUGGAUAAAGAUGCCGGAGGGAAACAACACAUUAUUCCUACCUGCUAGUAAAUUUUUGUCUUUUAGUUUUCCUUUAGUGGUCACUGUAAGUGCAUACUUUAAGUUCUUUUUUUUUGCUAUUUUGGUAUUCAAUGUCAUACACCUUUAUUUUGCAGGCAAGUUCAAAGCAGGUUGUAGGUAUACAUUUAAUAUCUAUGGGUGCACAGAAAAUGGACAUAGACUACUGGAAAUACAGACUGGAUACUCACAAGAGCUUGGAGCUGUGAAGCCUCCGGUUCUGGUUGAACCUGUUGAGAGAACCCCCUCAUCUGUGAAACUGGAGUGGCGUUACAAUGAGGAUGAUCCGGCUCAUCUGGCAUUCAUCACUGGUUACGUGGUUACUGUACAGGAAGGUCAUACUGCAAGAGGGGCAGAGGACAGCCUCAAGAAUAAUUUCAGUUUGUCAGUGGAAGACCCUCGGAAUAAGUCUUUGACCAUUGAAGGUCUGAGGCAGAGCCAUGACUAUGUUUUCUCUGUGAUGGCACUUACCCAAAAGGGGCCUGGACAAGCAGCCAGUAUCACCGUCAGGACCAGAACCAACUACUCUGCUCACUUGACCAGUAUCCUGACUCCCAUAUUGUUGCUGCUGGGCUGCACCAUUCUUCUGUGGCGUCAAAGAAAAAUGCUGAAGAGAGGGCUGAAGGAGAUAUUUGCUUAUCCUGCUGGUAUGAACAUCAAAACGUCUGAGUUAGAGAACUUCCUGCAUGAGACUAUUGAGAGGAUGCAGUCUCGCAACGUGGAGGAGUGCAUCAGCUGUGACAUUGAGAUCCUGAAUACCUGCCCUCAAGUGAAUGAAACAACCACACUCAGCCGUCCUGAACCCUUGAACACACCACCCUCUCCUGGUUCUCAGUCAUCUACUUCAUCCUUGUCACCUUCCCGUGUGCCACUCCAAGACUACUGUCAGCACUCAGCCAUGUUGCUCUGUGAGGGACCGGCCCCUCAGCAAAUGGCAUGCAUCUCAAAUAAGAAUUACUUCUACUCCUUGCUGGAGGAAAACUCUGAGCCAAAAGAAGUCACAGCUACUGAAAUCAAAUCAAGCUUUGAACCUUCUGACUGUGCGCAGGAAUCAUAUAGUGUUACAUACGGUUAUAUCUCCAGUGAUACUUUACAAGUAUAAAGUCCAAAACCAAGCCAAAAGCUUCUAUGCCAUAUAUUUCAUGUCUCAAUUUCAAUAGUCUAAAUGCUGUGAACAGAUGCUUUGUUCAAUGGACAUAAUGCGAAUCUGCAGCUUUCUAAUGUAAAGAUGUUAAGGUUUUGUAUCCUGCCACAUUUCAACAGAAUAUUUGCUUGUGUGAUUUGUUUGCAGACUUAUUGUAAAAUAUUGUAUGUAGAGCAGAAAACGCAGACCAGGUAAUCUAAAAAGCAUUUGAAACAACUUUGUCUCUGCAGCAGUACAGUACAAAAAUGAAACUGAAGGUGCUGUUAUAUGGGAAAGUGUACACGACGGCUUAAGAGGAACUCAGAGUGCUAAACUGUGAAGCAACGAGAGAUGUUUAUCUACAGGAUGCAAACGGUACCACAGAUAAGGUAGCUGAACAUAUCAAGUGGAAGGAAAAUAAAAUAGCAUGUUUUUAAAAAUUAAAAAACUGUGUUAUCAGUUAGGAGGAGGUGGUAUGUAGGCGUUACAUUAAAAAAAGUCAGCCAUAUUGAUGUAUUAUUUCAAAAAAGAUUGGCUAAAUAAAUGAAUAAAUAAACAAGCAUAAAUAAAUAAGAGUAAAGUGUUAGUGGUCAGAAUUUCUUUGUAAACUUUGAAUUCAGUUCUGUGCAGUGACUAAUGGGUAAGCAGUCUGUUUUUACUGUGAUGAGGGUCUGACUCAAAUAUCAA